UCGAAGGUGAAACUACCGGACAAGGAAAAAACAGGCGUAUGGCCAAGAAAUACAUAUGGCACCAGCGCUGCCCUCCGUCAGCGCCGACCGUCCACUGCCAACCGCUACGUUUGGUUCAAUACUAACAAACCAGACAUUGGCCCAGGGGGACGAGGCGACGGCACGUUACGAUCAUUAUCUUAUUGUUUUUGUGUUUAUUCACAAUAUUGAACACAGCGUCACAAAAUACGACAGAAAAAUCACAACCGGCUCAGUUGAUAAUUUUAAAUAUUUUAAGAGCAUACACUCUUAUCUCAAGCAGGAGCCCUUGCGUCUUAUAUUUCUCGGACUAAAAUGCCCAAUGAUAAUGCUAUCGCUGAUAACGCUGAUGACACUCAUUAACACGGCCAAGUGUAGGUAGCCAGGUAACAAGCCAGUCUUACUAGAAUUCUGCCUAAAUAAAUUCGAAUUGUAUAAGAGAAACUCCUGCCUCCUUAUAGACCCGGAUGUUACUUCCUCUGCAAAAAUCCUUUUUUACAGUAGGAAAGAGCGACGGACUAGACUACAUAUAGCGUCGCGGAAAAGGAUGGCAGACUGCGCAGCCAAUUGCCGUAACCACAUUAAUCAACUUAUUAAGAGUAUAAAGCAAUGCUCGGCAUUAGCCGGUUCAAUCAACUUUCCAAUUGGAAUGUGGCCAAAGAAAA